AUGGUUAAUAUUUUAAAUAAUACCAACGAAAUAUUCGAAAAUGAAGAGUCGAAAACCAAUCUACCAUCGUCAACGACAGAACUAAUUGACGAACCGCUACAAAUAUUCAAUGACAUGAACAAUCGUUUUGAAUACGACGAAGCGAUAACAGAAUCCGUGAAUAAAUGGUUGGUUGAACAUAAAAUCGAGGAUAAAUUGUUAUUCGAAACUGUGUAUACACAUCGAGACGAAUUGAAAUAUGCAGCGUUUUUGGGCUUUUUAUUUAGUCGUGGAAUUGGCUGCAAGAUUCACGAGGAACAAGCGUUCAAAUAUUAUAAGAUGAAAGCUGAUAAUUGGGCAGCUGGCCAAUUCUGGCUUGGAAUUUGCCAUUAUCGGGGAAUUGGUACCGCGAAAAAUGCCGACAAGUCGUUUUCUUGGUUUAUGACAGCGGCUGCUCAAGGGGAAUCUCGCGCGAUGGAUUGGCUCGGGUAUCUUUAUCAGUGUGGUGGCAACAGCAGUAAUUUGAAGAUUAAUAAAAGGUACGCUGCUUAUUGGUAUGGAAAGGCGGCCAACCUUGGAAAUAGAAGUGCUCAGUCCAAUUUUGGGACUUGCUAUGAGCUCGGUAUUGGUCUAAAUAGAGAUCUUCAUGAAGCACUUCGAUGGCUACAACGAGCGCCUGAGUUUACUCAAGAUACCGUCAUUCGUAUUUUAAGAAAAUAUAGAAAUUUAUAUUACUAA